UGUCUAAAAUGACUUACUUGUUAAAGGGAGACAUUCUGAACAGAUUUAUAAAUAAAUUAGCUGAUGUCUUGUGAACAUUAACAGAGUUCGUUAGUUGAUAGAUUUACCUCAGAAAGGCGAGUUAUUUAUUCAGCUCGCGCGACCGGCGCACAAUCUCAGAUAUAUACAUCAUCGAUACCGGAAGUGAUAUCGCGGUUUCGGUAUAUACAUUGAUGACGUUUUCAGAAUUCCAUUCGGUUUUGUUGCUUAUUGUCGCUGUGAGGAAUGCCGAGCGGUGUGGAGUACGGAGAGUUGGGGGAGAGUCUGCCUGCCAUCUCCACUCUCAACUCCUUCUCACAGGCAUCUCUGUCACACUCGAGUCAUUACCUCCCUCUGCCCCCUACUGAGAGGAGAAGCAUCUCAGACGUCCGUCGCACCUUUUGCCUCUUUGUGACCUUUGACCUCCUCUUUGUGUCUCUACUAUGGAUCAUCGAGCUGAAUAUCAAUAAGAGUAUUUGGCUGAAUCUGGAGAAGGAAGUCGUUCGCUACGAUUUCAGAUCCUCCUUCUUCGAUAUAUUUCUGCUGGGGGUUUUCAGGUUUUUGUGUUUACAGAUUGCUUAUGCUGCUUUCAAACUGAGACACUGGUGGGUCAUUGCGAUCACAACUCUGGUGACGAGCGCCUUCCUUAUUGUUAAAGUCAUUCUUUCAGAUUUAUUUACAGAGAAUGCUUUUGGUUAUGUUCUCCCCAUCACCUCCUUUAUCAUGGCCUGGCUGGAAACCUGGUUCCUCGACUUCAAGGUGCUCACUCAGGAAGCAGAGGAUGAGAGAGCAUACCUGGCGGCAGUGAACGCAGCGUGUGAAAGCGGUCGUCUGUUUUACCCCCGUGCCGUCUCAGAUGGACAGUUUUACUCCCCACCAGAGUCACUUGCAGGUUCUGAUGAAGAUCUUGAUGAAGAAGGUCUGGGCAGAAGAGCAGUGACUGCACAGGAGAAGGAGUAUGUACAACAGGGUCGCGAGGCGAUGACAAUAGUGGAGCAGAUCCUCACACAGGAGGAAAACUGGAAAUUUGAGAAGAAUAAUGAUAUUGGUGACUGUGUUUAUACACUGGAAAUUCCUUAUCAUGGAAAAACCUUCAUUCUAAAGGCUUUACUGCAGUGUCCAGCUGAGUUGGUUUAUCAGGAAGUAAUUCUGCAGCCAGAGAAGAUGGUGCAGUGGAACAGAACAAUCUCAGCGUGUCAGAUAUUACAGAGGGUGGAUGAUAACACGAGUGUGUCGUAUGAUGUGUCUGCAGGAGCAGCAGGAGGAGUCGUGUCCUCCAGGGACUUUGUGAAUGUACGCAGAGUGGAGAGGAAGCGAGAUUGUUAUGUUUCUGCUGGAAUGUCCACUGUUCAUUGCUCUAAACCCCCUCACCAUCGCUACGUCCGAGGUGAAAACGGUCCUGGUGGGUUUGUGGUGUUGAAGUCCAGCUCUAAUCCCUCAGUCUGUACCUUCAUCUGGGUUCUGAACACUGACCUCAAGGGUCGACUUCCUCGUUAUCUGAUCCAUCAGUCUCUGGCUGCCACCAUGUUUGAGUUCAUGUCUCACCUCCGACAGCGCAUCGCUUCUCUCCGCUAAACCAGACCAGGAGGCAUGACACACGCAGACUCACACACACACACACACACACACACACACACACACACACACACACACACACACACACACACACACACACACACACACACACACACACUCUCUCUCUCUGACUUUAAUGAGGCAGGAAGAAACUGUGAAGACUGCAUACAAACAUGAAGGAACAUUUCUCACCAUCUUCUUUUCUUUGGUUGAAUAAAUCUGAUUACUGCAGUGUGUGUGCAGGUGUGUGUGUGUGUGUGUGUGUGUGUGCAGGUGUAUGUGCAGGUGUGUGUGUGCGCACAGGAAGAGUCCUGCUGCGAUAGAUUGUGUUUCAUUAUUAUUAUUAUUAUUAUUAUUAUUAUUAUUAUUAUUAUUAUUAUUAUUAUUAUUAUUAUGUAAUCUACAGUAGACAGUUAUUUAAAAGUAAAUAAAUUUGGGAAAGUAAAAUAAAGGCUGUUUACAUAUUUUACUAAUUUCCCUCAGAAUUUGCAAAAUAAAUACUGUAGAGUUAUUAAAAAUUAAUAAUUCAUCAAUUAUUUGUAAGGUUUUAUUUUCACAUAUUUUUUGAAGAACUUAAAAAUAUGAAACAAUUAACACUAAUAAUAAUAAUAGUAAUAUGAUGAUGAUGAUGAGGAUUAUGCUUAUCUUUUUUCUUUCCUGUUUUAUUCCUUAUUCACUUGUUAGUCUUUAAAUCAGAUCUACAUUAACACACCGUACUGUGACCGCAGCUCCAGUUACAUAACCGACUUGCCAUAAUUCCUUGUUGAGAUUUUAUUCCUUUUGUUUAUUUGAUUUGUUCUGAACGACAUCGUGACCUCCAGCUCGUCCUCGGUGACAGAAACCUGCACUUUCUUACUUUUACUCUAAUAAACUGGAAUGAUUCUGGAAUGAGAAAUGUCUCGUCAGUAAUUAUAUGUAAUAGGACUCGGGCCUUAACUGAACUACACAGGACUUAAACAGUAACAGUGCCUUAAUCAUUCCAUGUUAAACAGUCGCCAUUUUUGAUUGAUGAACAGAGAAGUUUCAUCACUGACUGCACGACCGAUCUGUCAUCAGAUUACACCUCAGAUUAAUUAAGGCCACUAGGAGGCGUUUCUGCUACAGCAGAUUAUCACACACUGAUGCCGGCCUUCUGCACGAGUGUCGUGACUUCAAUACAUUCUGAUUGGCUGAGAGCAGCAAGGUGGAAAAGAUGUACAGAGUAACGGACCAGGAGACGAUGGAGCAUCAGUGUGAGGACUGUGUGAACGCUGGAGCUUCAGUUCAUCAGAUGAGGAAUCUGCUGUAUGUUUGAUGAUGAUCCUGUGUGUUUAUCACACAGUAAUGAAACAGAAAGUCCGGCUCGAUUCAGCUUCGUUACUGAGAAUCAGAUCAAUGUUUUAUAGCUCAGAAAAUAAAAUAGAAUAAAAGCAGCUCUUGCUGUAAAUCUCCUGUUCACAAUAAACUGAAACAUUGAUGUGUUUCCUCACAGGAUCGUGAUCUACAUCAUGUAUAACAAUGCACCCUGUGGGGGGGUGGGUGGGGGUUUGUGUAUUUUGUAUAUCGUGUGCCUUUUCAUGCUGAAAUCUCUCUCUCUCUCUCUCUCUCUCUCUCUCUCUCUCUCUCUCUCUCUCUCUCACACACACACACACACACACACACACACAUUCAGCACGUUUGUUCUUUUUUAUGCUCUAAUGUUUUCUCACAUUACACCUUUUAAUUUGAUUUGAACCCAAUGUUUAUGCUUUCUGGUGUGUUUACUGUAUUCUUACAGACUGUAGAUGAUGAGACCAGGUCCUGAAACUGUAAUAUAUGAAGUAUUAUCUGAAGGAGCUCUUGGACUGAACUGUACUGCUAAUAAAACUAACAUGGUAAAAACUC